AUGAGUGUCUGUGGUAUGAGAGACUUAAUGAGCUCUAGAUGUAUGUAUACAUGGAACAAUAAGCAGCAAGAAGCAUCUAGGGUAUUUUGCAAGCUAGACAGAGCCAUGGUGAAUGAUUCCUGGUUGGAUGUUUACCCUAGUGUUAUGGCAUACUUCAUGCCUGAAGGGAUAUUUGAUCACACUCCAAUUGUGAUAAAUGUAUACCCUAGUAUUGAACCAGGUAAACAACCAUUUAGAUACUUCACUAUGUGGAGUGGUGAUGAAAAGUUUGAAAGAUUUAUAGUUGAAUGCUGGGCAACACAGGUGAGUGGAAGUAAAAUGUACCAGGUGACUAGUAGAUUGAAAAAAAUCAAGCAAGGCCUAAAAAACCUGAAUGCAGAAGGCUUCUCAGAUUUACAAGCUUCAGAUAUCUGGGCCCUGAAAUCAUUACUUCAGUGUCAGGAGAGACUUCAAGCUCAACCCAUGAAUAUGGAGUACAUAAGGGCUAAAAGUGAGGCAGGGAUCCAGUAUAACUUAGUUCACAAGCAGUAUUUGUCAUUCUUGGCACAGAAAUCUAAGAUGAGAUGGUGCAAGGAAGGUGAUGAGAACAUAAAGCUAUUCCAUCAAUCUAUCAGAGCAAGGAGGUUGCAGAACACUGUUUAUGCUAUACAUGAUGAUCAAGGCAAUUGGAAUGAGAACUUGGAGGAGGUCAACACAGCUUUCUUGAAUUACUAUAAAAAGCUCCUAGGGUCAGAGUUACCUAAUAGAGUUCCUGUAAAGGAGAUUGUCAUUAAUAAGGGACCAGUGCUGAGUGAAGAUCACGGGGUGUUUCUAAAUAGACCAUACAUAGCUGAGGAGGUUAAAAGUGCACUCUUCUCAAUACUAGGGGACAAAGCCCCAGGUUCUGAUGGCUUUGGGGGCUAUUUCUUCAGGGAUGCUUGGAGUAUUGUAGGGGAGGAUGUAACUGUAGCUGUUCUGGCUUUCUUUAAUUCAGGUUAG